AUGAGCGCAACCAAACACAAUUGGCGAGCAGCGGAGACCAAGAAGAUGGUGAACUUCCUAUCAAAAGUACGGAUUGAGUUCAGUGCGCUAGGCCAUCGUACAGCCUCUUGCAUGGAGUUCUUAGCCCAAUGCAACGCCCGCAAGGCCAAGGAAUCGAACCCCGCUUGCCAGAUUUUGGUCAAGCGCCGAACCGACGAUCACCCGCCACAAAUCACCGUCACUUUUGUCAACGGAGUCGAGGAGGUUUUUGACGGCACUACUAUCUCUGCUGAGACUUUAAGGAACAUGAUUUUAGAGAAGGGUCAGCUCGAGAUUGCGCAAAUAUUCCAUGAAGUUGGGGAGAAAUGA